CAAAAAGUUCCCGCAUGUCUCCGAUCAUCUGAGAAAGCCUGCAAUUUGUUAGCUCGGGGCGAUUCCAGCCGGAGGCGAUCCACUACCUGUCCCGGCUCUGGGGAGGUGGAUGGUAGCCGCUCCCUGACGCCAGAUCGUACCGCGAUACUGGGGCAGACCGGGGCGGGGCCAGCGGACGGAAUACGCCCCGGGCGACCGAGACGAAGUGUUCAUAGAGGGGUGAACGUCCGAAAUGAGGUCAGUUCUGGCUCUCGCGCGCCCGUGCCCGGACCAUCGGUCGCCCUCCUCCCUCUCAGGAGCGUUUUGAUUCAUCGGAGGUCACCAAAACUUAGCCAACUCACCAUGCUGCGCGCUGUGCUGCUGAUGGCCGCGCUGGCCGCCGCUGUGCUGGCCCAGGCGCCGGGCCCCAAGCCGGAGAACCGCGACUCGAGCUACGCCAACUACGAGCCGCAGUACCAGCCGCAGUACCAGCAGUACUACCAGCCGCCCAAGUUCAGCGUCGACAAGCUGGUGAGCGGCCUGGUGCUGCCGUCCGCCUCCGACAUCAUCACCGGCAUCAUCUACGUGGUGGCGGUAGCUGGCGUUGCCGGUCUGGUGCUCAUGGGUCUGGCGCUGGUGCUGAAGCUCUUCAGCCUGAAGCUGCCCAUCAUCAACGACCUGAAGCAGAAGGUCAUCUCCAAGGUGGAGAAGGUGGACGCGCGCAUGCUCGAAUCGGCGUGGGAAACGCUGCUCAACUCGCUCGAUAAGUUCGAGCGUAAAUAGGCUGUGGUAGAGCGGCGCCAGCCCGCCUCGCCCUGUGUUAUAUUGAUAAAUUGUACCGCAUAUCAACCAGAGACACCUCAUGUACAAAACCAUGUCACGGAAGAGCGUUAAGUCGAUACUCGGCAUUGUCCAAACUGGCAUUUGUUUGGGCAUUCUAUGUAUGCGCACGUCGGUAUUUGACGUGUGAUUAUGAUUUACGCCGAAAUCCGUGAGUAGGUAGUUACAUCAAUGAUGUGUACAUUGUUCCUGUAUUCGAUGCCAUAUUUAUUUGUGAAUUGUGUAUGCUGUAUGAUUCGUGCGUUGUGCCACGAAUACAUUUCACCUUCCAGCA